GGAAGGCAGUUUACAGCUUACAAAAGCCACAAGCACUUGCUGCUGCAGCUACUGCUUCUAUUCUGCUAGAAGGAUACUGGUGCCCGGCUUCUCCUUGUGUUAGAGAGCAAUACUGGUAAAAUGACUCAGGAGUUUGUGCAGAGCAAAAUCAAAUCUGAUACAGUGGCUGUUUUUAUAAAACCAACUUGUCCUUAUUGCCAAAGUGCGAUGAGACUGCUCAGCAAAUAUCCCUUCAAGAAAGGCCACCUGGAAUUCAUUGACAUCACAACCCAAAAUGAUAUGACUGGCAUUCAGAACUAUUUCCAGCAGACAACUGGUGCAAGAACAGUCCCCCGGGUAUAUAUUGGAGAAGUCUGCAUUGGUGGCUAUUCUGAUCUGGCUGCUUUAGAAGAGCAGGAAAAACUCUCUCAAGAGCUAAUGCAAAUCGGUGCACUACAAUAACCGAAAGGUACUUGUAUGCCUAAUGUUCUCAGCAUGGCCCUCGAGUCCUUAAGUGUGUGGAGAGAAGUGUUGGUGGACUCUAUGAACAACUUUGUUCCCUCUAACAGAAGGUCUUCCACUGUGGACUGGACAUCUUUUGGGAAGCCUGACAGUUGUAACCAUGAUGAUCUUCUCAUAACUACAGCCACUAAGGCAGUUGCACCUUGCAGCAGUGUCUGUUGCGUCCAGUGCUGUCUAUAGGGCUGUUCUAGCAGUUAAUGCCCCCUCUUUCAUGGUGGCCCUGUAUUGCUCCUUUUUGUUGUCAGGAAUCUCUUUAAUAAAGGUUGACAGUUGAUCA